AUGUUACAUCCACUAUCCACUGAAAUUUACUUUACCUUCAACAAUGGAAACAAGGUCCCUGCUUUUGGACUAGGUACUGCAGCUCAACAUGAGAGGGUUGCGGAAACCAAACAAGCAGUCAAAGCAGCAAUCAAAGCAGGUUACAGGCACAUUGACACUGCAUGGGCAUAUGGUGUUGAAGAAUACGUUGGUGAGGCUUUACAAGAGCUAUUCGAGGAACGUGUCGUUAAAAGAGAAGAUUUGCACAUUACCAGCAAAGUUUGGCAUACUAUGUGGAAUGACGUUGAUAAGUCCUUGAACGAAUCACUCGCAAGAUUGAAGGUAGAUUAUGUUGACUUAUUUCUACAACAUUGGCCAUUAUGCACGCAAAAGGUGCCAGAUCCGCAUGGUGUUGAUAAAAUAGCUAAGGAACCUGUUGAUGAUCAAGGCAAUCCCCUAUACGAUGAAAAGGGUGAUUGGAUUGAAACUUACAAGCAGAUCGAGAAGAUUUACUUGGAUAAGAAUGAUAAAAGAGUGCGUGCCAUUGGUGUAAGUAACUUCCCAAUUGAAUACUUGAAGAGGGUCUUGAAGGAGUGUAGAACAGUUCCCGCAUGCAAUCAAGUUGAACUACACCCUCACCUUCCUCAACGUGAACUAUGUGAGUUCUGUAGUGAACACAAAAUCUUAGUGACUGCCUAUUCACCAUUGGGAGGGAAUGGUGCUCCUUUACUAGAACUUCCAAUCCUAAAGGGGUUAUGUGAGAAGUACAAUGCCUCUCCUAAUGAUAUCUUGACAUCUUACCAUCUAAGACAAGGCACUAUUGUUAUUCCUAGGUCAUUAAAUUCAACAAGGAUUGCCAGCAAUUUAGAAUUUGUUCCACUUUCAGAAGAAGAUGUGAAUAAGUUGAAUGAAUUUGGUCAGAAGAAUAAGAAGAGAUAUAUCAAUGGCGCAGUCAGUUCGGUGAUUCCAGGUUUCAAGGAAGAUUUUCUCAAAGAGCAGCUGCAGCAGUCUUAA